CUUGGACAACAUCAACACAAAAAUGGGAUAUUCCCCCUUCCAUCUGUGCACAAAAAACUUGAUAAAGUGGUCAAAACAUGGCAGGAUCAAAAGAAGGAACAAGAAACAAAAUUAAAACGACCAAGAUUUGAGUUUGUGGAAUAAGAGCAAUGAAACACAACGGUGAGGUUGUUGUUGUUUGAAAGAAAAUACGGCUAGGGAAUCCAUUUUCUUCAAAGAGUUUGGCAAGUUGGAAAAAAAAAAUUGAGAAUGAAAGGAGUUUCAAGGGGGGAAAUGGUGGAAGAAGUGAAGAAGCAGGUGUGGUUAGCUGGUCCUCUCUUCACUGUUGGUGUGCUGCAGUACAGUUUGCAGGUGAUAUCUGUUAUAUUUGUUGGUCAUCUUGGUGAGUUGCCACUUUCUGCUGCUUCACUUGCCACUUCCUUUGCAUCUGUCACUGGUUUCAAUUUGUUGAUGGGUAUGGCUAGUGCAUUGGACACCUUAUGUGGUCAGUCAUUUGGGGCAGGGCAGCACCAUAUGCUCAGCAUACACAUGCAAAGAGCUACCUUUGUUCUCUCAAUUGUAAGUGUCUUUCUAGCAAUCAUGUUGGUAUUCACCAAACACAUUCUAGUUGCCAUGCAUCAGCAAGUUGCCAUAGCUGAGGAGGCUGGGGUAUAUGCCCUUUACAUGAUUCCAAGCCUUUUUGCUUAUGGUAUCCAUCAAUGCCUUCUCAAGUUUCUACAAAGUCAAAACAUUGUCUUCCCCAUGGUGCUGAGCUCUGCAGUGGUGGCUUUGCUUCACAUCCCUUUGUGUUGGGUGUUCGUAUUCAAAUCAGGACUUGGAAGUAAGGGAGCUGCCAUAGCAAAUUCAGUAUCAUAUUGGUUUAAUGUGCUGCUGAUAGGACUUUAUGUGAAGUUUUCUUCCUCGUGUGCAAAAUCAUGGACUGGCUUCUCAAAGAAGGCCCUGAAAAAUAUCCUAGAAUUCCUUAAAAUUUCCAUUCCUUCAGCUUUUAUGCUUUGUUUAACCCUACACAUGGACAGCUUAAAGGUUUGGACAUUUGAACUAAUGGUUCUUCUAUCUGGCCUUCUUCCAAAUCCACAGUUAGAAACUUCAGUGUUGUCUAUAUGUCUUAACACAUUUGUAAUUGCCUGGAUGAUUCCCUUUGGAUUAAGCUGUGCUGUGAGCACAAGGGUCUCAAAUGAACUAGGGGCUGGUCAUCCACAAUCUGUAAGUCUUGCAGUUAGAGUUGCUCUCUUCCUUGUCCUUGCUGAGGGCAUUAUGAUGGUAUUACUCAUGAUCCUGCUAAGAAAAAUAUGGGGCAAUCUUUACAGCAGUGAAACAGAAGUUAUAAAAUAUGUAGCAGCCAUGAUGCCUAUUCUUGCUAUCUCCAGCUUCCUUGAUGGGAUUCAAAGUGUUCUUUCAGGCAUUGCAAGAGGUUCUGGUUGGCAGAAGAUUGGUGCAAUUGUGAAUCUUGGAUCAUUUUAUUUUGUGGGAGUUCCUUCUGCAGUGGUGUUGGCUUUUGUUUUGCACAUGAAAGGGAAGGGCCUUUGGUUGGGGAUUGUUUUUGCAUUCAUCCUGCAAGUCAUACUUUUUGGUCUCAUUACCAUUCGAACCAGCUGGAAGAAAGAAGUAAGACACCUAUUUGUUGUAGUUCUACAAAUCACAAACCAAAUGUUGUGCACGUGUAAACCAGUUAUCUGGAGCAAAUAAUUGGAUUCAUUAUCCAG